AGCCGCUGUCCGCUGUUCUCGCCGUGUCUCACCGGAAUAUUCUUAACUUUUAACUUUCUCCGGUGAUCUAACCGAAUAAUUUUGCUACAAUCUGUCAGAACCGUGGAAGUUCGUGCUCUCUGUUGUUCUCGGUCGGCGCAACAUCUUUGUGGAGUCGCGUAUCUUUUAAUAUCUCGUGUAGAUACUUGUGGAGAAGACUCAGGGUGGAUAUAUCAGGGUGAAUCGGAUUUUUCUUCCAAUUUUUGAAAUAUCGUGAAACGGAAUGUGGUGGAUCUAGUGGCGAGUUGUUUACGAUCUUCUGCUUUUUUGCAUUCUAUUUUUUUGUAAAAUUAUUUUUGGGAGAAAUGGAAUUUAUAUUUAGGAUAUCUCUAGUUACGUUACUAUCUCUACUGCCAAGCUUAGUGUCCCCCCAAUCUAGUCUGAAACCUUUCGAGUACAAUUUAACUCAGUACACUCGAACGCUACCAGAUGAUCUCAGAACCAUCGUCCAAAAGGCUUUGGCCAUCGAAAGACAAGCGACAGUGUCUGGGAAAUGGUCGAGCACGCUAUGCCAGCCUGAAGUGCCUAUUGAUUGUCCCGCUAUGAAGUUCAGGAAACCUUCGGGGGAGUGCAAUAACGUGCGACAUCCGAAAUGGGGGAACAGGGGACAGAAGUUUUUGAGAUAUCUGCCGCCCAGCUAUGCGGACAAAAAAUCACAACCAAAGCAAUCAGUCUCAUCCCAUUCUCUACCCAGUCCGCUAGAUGUCGCUGCUACACUACAAAACAAUCCUGCGACCAAACAUGAAUCCGUCACUGCCUUACUGGGUGCUUGGACUGAAUUACUGCUUCACGAUCUGGCGAGUACCGGCAACAUGAAGAGUCAGGACUGUUGUAGCGAUAACGCUAAGAAACAUGGAGAAUGCUAUGGAAAAUUGGGCAAUGGGCAAUGUAGGGAGUAUAUGAGAACUUUGCCAGCUGUGGAUAUGGAUACUUGCGAAUUUGAUUACCGAGACCAAAUGAAUCUAGCCACUUCUUUCCUGGACGCUUCCGCCAUCUACGGAAAUACGGAUCAACAAGUAGAGAACCUGCGCACAUACGAUGCCGGUCUAGUCAACGUAACGGCCUGCUCGGCGUGCAGAUCUAACGCCCUUUACUCCGCCGUUUUAAAGGAGCAUAACAGAGUCGCAGUAAACUUGGCCGAGCUCAACAAACAUUGGAACGACGAAGUGUUGUUUUACGAAUCUAGAAGGAUAGUUAUUGCAGAGUUACAGCAUAUUACUUACAACGAGUAUUUGCCUAUUGUUAUUGGAGAGGAAGCCAUAGUACACACACAAUUGGAACUGAAAACGCACGGAAGGUUUUCCAAAUACUCCAGUACCCAGAAAGUUGGAGUGUUUAAUGAAAUAGCCAUUUCUGUACUGCCAAUACUUUUAUCUAUGUUACCUAGUUCUGUGAUGAACGAGACAGUAGAAUCCUUCGCUGAAAUGAUAGAUCUCCUAAUAAGAACACCAGCAAAUUCACCCAGCGUUCACAUAAUGGUACCAAUUCGCACUGAAUGGGACACGGCAUCCUUGUUUAUACACAUGGGAAGAGAUCAUGGUAUACCUUCCUACACCAACUAUCUGCAAUACUGUACGAAUUCCGUCAAUAAAAAACCUUUAAGUUUCGAAAAUCUCAAGAACUUUGGUAUUAAAGAUGAAUAUAUUAAGGCGCUGAAGUAUAUGUAUAGAAGUACCGAUGAUAUUGAUCUCUUGGUAGGAGGGUUGUUGGAGAAACCCAUUCCAGGUACGGUGGUCGGACCAACGUUUAACUGCCUUCUGAAACAACAGUUCCAGCUUCUUAAAGAAACCGACCGUUUCUGGUAUGAAAACGACCUUCCUCCAAGUUCCUUAACGACCAGUCAACUCAAGGAAAUUAAAAAAAUUACCGUAGCAGGUCUUUUAUGCGCCAAUACCGACGAUCUAGGUAGAAUUCAGCCCAAAGGUUUUGUACAAGAAGAUCCUUAUUUGAACGCUAGAAUAUCCUGCGAUCAACAUCCACUUCCUCAACUGUCGGAAUGGGUAGAGAUGGACCCCAUGUCGGACAUAUCAGCGGAUUUAUUGAUGGACGCCUUAGAGAAGGCCGAAAGGGAUGUGAUGGAAAGGAGGAAGAUGGAAUAUAAAGUAUGGACUGAAGUUGGAGGCCUUAACCCCAAAUCACCCCAAGGAGUAGCAGCAGCGUUCAGUAAAGCCAACAAAAACGCCUUAAAACUAGCCAACACGUCGCUUUUAUUCGAAUUCGCAUCCAAUGAAAUAGUCAACUCUCUUUUGCACAGAAGAAGGAAACGUCAACUGUUCGAUAACAACGUCGUAGCGUCAAUCUUCAGAGACGAACUCAGUGAUGCCUUGCAGCAAGUAGAUUUGGGAGCUUUGAUACCGCCUCAGACUUUCGAUGUUGAUUUGCAGUGCGACGAUAAUGGACCUUGCGAUCCUAAUACGCCGUUCAGGACUUAUACAGGGCAUUGCAAUAAUCUGAGACAUGUGAAUUAUGGUAAAAGUUUGACGGUGUUCAAUAGAUUGUUGCCCAGCGUGUAUGAUGAUGGUAUAUCCAAACCCAGAUCGAUCGGAGUGACAGGAGUUCCACUACCAAAUCCACGAGUAGUCUCCAGAGUAAUCCAUCCGGAUAUUAGCAACCUUCACGGCAGGUACACAUUAAUGACGAUGCAGUUCGCUCAAUUUUUGGACCACGAUCUCACCAUGACCCCCAUUCACAAAGGUUUCCACGAAUCGAUUCCAGAUUGCAGAUCGUGCGACAGCAAACGCACCGUCCAUCCCGAAUGCAAUCCUUUUCCCAUUCCAUCGGGUGAUAAUUACUAUCCAGAGAUCAACAUCACUUCCGGUGAAAGAAUGUGCAUACCGUCAAUGAGAUCGUUGCCCGGUCAGCAAAAAUUGGGACCCAGAGAACAGGUCAAUCAGAAUACCGCGUUUUUGGAUGCUUCGCAGGUGUACGGGGAGAAUCAUUGCGUUUUGAGGGAUUUAAAAGGUCAGUUUGGGAAAAUGAAUGCCACUACGCAUCCUGUAAAGGGGAAAGAGUUGCUUCCGCAAAGUGAUAAGCAUCCUGAAUGUAAAUCUCCGUCAGGACAGUGUUUCAUAGCUGGUGAUGGCAGAGCUUCCGAACAACCAGCUUUAACAGCCAUACACACGAUCUUCAUGCGGGAGCACAACCGUCUAUCCGACAUAAUCAAACAAGUGAAUCCUCAUUGGGAUGAGGACAAAGUCUUCGAACAUGCCAGAAGAAUAAUAAUAGCCGAAAAUCAACACAUCACUUACAACGAAUUUUUGCCGAGAAUCUUAGGAUGGAACGCCAUGAAUCUGUACGGAUUAAAAUUACUCAAUCACGGAUAUUAUAAAGAGUACAAUCCCAGCUGUAAUCCUUCGAUAGUUACUGAGUUUGCCGCUGCUGCUUUUAGAAUUGGACAUUCUUUGUUGAGACCGCACAUACCUAGGAUGAGUCCGACUUACCAAAUCAUAAAUCCUCCGAUUCUUCUUCGAGACGGCUUUUUUAAAGUCGACAUUAUGAUGCGCGAAGGAAUGGUAGACGAAAUCACUAGAGGUUUAGUAUCGACGCCGAUGGAAACAUUGGAUCAGUUCAUUACAGGAGAAGUCACCAAUCACUUAUUCGAAGACAGAAAAAUCCCAUUUUCUGGUGUUGAUUUAAUAAGUUUGAACCUCCAAAGAGCCAGAGAUCACGGAAUACCUUCUUACAACAAUUAUAGAGCGUUGUGUAACUUAAAAAGAGCGACGAGUUUUGAGGAUUUGGCAAGGGAGAUUCCUCCAGAGAUUAUCUCUAGAUUGAAGAGGAUUUACGCCACUGUUGACGAUAUAGAUUUGUUCCCUGGUGGUAUGAGCGAGAGACCUUUACAAGGAGGGUUAAUCGGACCCACUUUUGGUUGUAUUAUUGCUUUGCAGUUCAGACAGUUGAGGAAGUGUGAUCGAUUUUGGUACGAGAAUGAAGAUCCCGUGGUUAGGUUCACCGAAGCUCAAUUAGCCGAACUCAGAAAAGUAACUUUAGCCAAAGUUUUGUGUGAAAAUAUGGACAUAGAAGGUGAAAUGCAACGAGCCGCAUUCGAUUUACCUUCGAACUUCUUGAAUCCGAGAGUACCGUGCCAUUCGUUACCCGCCAUCAAUUUGAACGCUUGGAAGGAGACGACUAGAGGACAGGGUUGUAUAAUUGGUGAUAAACAAGUCGCCGUUGGUCAGUCAGCGUUUCCGAGUCCUUGUACUAGUUGCAUUUGCACUGCAGAAGGAGGCAACUGCGCUUCUCUGAGAGUGACCGAUUGCAGACAACUCAUGCGAGAGUGGUCCAAAGAAGCCAUUUUGAGGGACGAAGUGUGCACAGCUCAAUGCGGUUUCCUGCUCAGAGAAUCUGGAACAAGUUCCAUACUACCUCAAAAUUUGAAUCCUCCGCCGUUGAGGAACGUCAGAGCUCAAAGACCCCAAUUGUUCCGCAGCACCGAUUUCGACGGUUUCGGCGACUUUAAAUUUCCAGAUCUCACCCCAUUCAUAGCGAAAUGAGCCGAUCGUUCACUUUUGAAGGACUAAAGUAUAUAUUAUUUAUAAUUGAUGAUAUCAGUUGCGUUUGAAGGUUGGGGUGUUUUUAGUAAUCUCAAUAUUGUAAAAACUUGUAAAAUACUUGUAUAAGUACAGGGUGAGGCAUACGGACUGUCGUUAGCAAGAUCUUUUGACUCAAG